GCUGCCAUUUUCGUUUUGUGGCACGGUUAUAGCGGCAGUUAAAGUGAAAUAUUGCUAAAAUAUCUACAAUUUAUUUAUUUUACAGUAUAGUGCACGAAAAAUUAUUAAGUGAUCGUUUGUUGGUGCAAAUAAAACGUAUCAUCUUGAAGUGUGUUCUAUCCGAUCAAGUAAUUGUUGACUUCCUUGGGUGGAACUGUGAUGCACACGAGGUAGCCGGUGGUGACAGCGCGCAGCCAUGCCGCUGCCGAAGCGCUGCGUGGAGCCGGUGCACGUGUCGCGAGGCACGGUGCCCGAGCGCCUCGCCGUGCCCUCCGAGCUCGAGGCCGUCACCAACGGCACCCUCGCCAACACUGUCAGACAGCUGUCGUCGUUGUCGAAGCAUGCGGAGGACAUGUUCGGCGAGCUGACGCGCGAGGCGACGGGUCUGGCGGAGCGCACCAACGUGCUACAGGCCAGGAUAGACAGGCUCGCCAUCAAGGUCACGCAGCUCGACUCUGGCGUCGAGGAGGUGUCGCUCCAAGACAUACAAAUGCGCAAAGCGUUCCGCUCAGCGCGCACGUUCCAACAACAACUGUUCUCGCGAACCACGAUGCCGUCGGCCAUGUUGGCCACGUACGCGCGCUGUGAUCGCCCGCCACCGCUCGAGAAGCUCAACGAGUACCGGGACGACGGACGCGACGCGAGGAAGUUCUACACCGACCCGGACUACUUCUUCGAGCUGUGGCGCAGAGAGAUGCUGCAGGAUACGGAGAGGAUCCAGCAUGAUCGAGGGAAGAAGGUGCGUCAACCUCGCAGCAACAACACAGAGGGGCGCGGCACGAGACGCGUGCGCGUGCCGCACUCCACCCGCGACCGGCAGAAGGCGGAGGUGGUGACGCGCGGGGAGCACAUCAUGGCGCCCAACCAGCUGCGCCGGUACAACAUCGCCGAGCAGUACCGCCCCGACCCGCUCUAUCAGACUACUACAGUAACGGACGGUGGAUACAGAGCCCCCGCGAAUAGGCCUCCGUCCUCGCAACCCGCGAGGCCAAACUCGAUCGAGAUCGAGAACCAGCAGAAUAGGACGCCACGGCUUACGGGCAAUGGACAUAUUGUAGGGGAGGAAAGUCCAUACGGACCCGUGGAGCCGAUAUAUGGCGGCAGUAUCGCGGGGACUCCCCGCAGGGCGAGGCCUUCGAUCCCGCCGCCCGCCCCGCCCGCGCCCGCGCAGCUUGAUUCGCCCCAGCAUCACACGCCCACUAGGUCGACGCUCCCGCCGCCACCGCCCCCGCCGGAGGGUUCGACGUCGCCGCCCGCUAUGAACGGUGCAUCGCCGCCGCACCGCACCGCGCUCGAUGCGCACCUCGACCAGAUGCACGCUGUCAUAGGUAUGAUGUCAUCAGACGAGAUGCCCCCGCGGGCGCCGACGCCUCCUCCCGCGCCGCCCGCGCCCCCGCCGCCCGAAGAGGACCGGCCGCGGCCGCCGUCACCCGCGUCCCUGCUGCGCGGCGCCUCCGCGCUCAAGCCGCCGCGCCCCGCCGCCGACCCCGCGCCCGACCCGCGCUCCGACCUGCUCAAGGCGAUACGAGAAGGCAUCAAACUCCGCAAAGUGGACAAGCGAUGCGAAGACGGGUCGGGUAAGUACGACACACUGCGCGGAGUGCCCGCGCUGCACGACGUCGCGUCCAUCAUCGCGCGCCGCGUCGCCGUCGAGUUCAGCGACACCAGCUCCGACAACGACUCCGACUCCGACGACUCCGCGCAGUGGACCGAGCCGAACGCGCCCGCGCACAUCGACGUCCCGGAGCACACUCACACGCUGGCCAUCAAAAGCAACGUCGUACCCGUCGAUAACACCGACCAGUGCUACGUCAGAAACUCGUCUUUCCUCAGCCGCGACAUCGAAGCAAAAAAGGCGAAGGUCGAACUCACCAAGUCUGAGUCUCCGCCGAAAACGAGCCCGCCCAAAAACGUCUCCGCGCCUCCCAGGAUCAGUAGCCUCGUAAAAGAAACGUCACCGCCGAAGAACGGCCAAUCGCCCCCAAAAGCCAUCCAAUCACCGCCACAAAACAGCCAAUCACUGCCGCAAAAUAGCCAGUCACUGCCGCAAAACAGCCAGUCACUGCCGGCAAACAGACAGUCUCCACCGAAAAACCAAUCACCGCCAAAAGUAAAUUCGUCCCCAAAGAAAAUUGCCUCACCCCCAGUUGAAUCACAAAAGAAUUCAUCACCACCUAACAAAAAUAUGACAUCAUUCAUUGUCAAAAAAGAGACUUCCCCUCCAUUGAAAAAUCAUAAUUCUAAAACACAAAACGAAGUCUCCUCACCCCCAAACAAUAAAGGCAUCAGUCUACCAUCCCAACUCAAAAACAAAGUCAUGUCGCCUCCUUCAACCAGAGAAGUUACUCCAAAUAAAAACGACGUAACUUCACCGCCGCCUACCAAAAUAGUGUCAUCGCCUCCUAUAAACUCUUUCAAAUUUAAUAAAUCUGAUUCAAAAUCCGAAGAAACCUUCACUGCAAAGAUUAAAAAGGAAUCGGUGCUCAUCAAAGAAGCUCCCAUCAAAACCGAUAAGCUUUCUUUAAUCGUGACAAACGAUAUUAUAACUGAUAAAGGUGAUACUAAUAGUGAUGGCAGUAAUUCAAAUAAAUCCGAGGAAGAUGGUGGAGACAAAAAUACAAAGACGGCUGAAUCUAAUGGGGUGGGAGAUAAAAUAAGGAAAUUCGAAAAGGCUGCAGAGGAUGCCGGGAAACUGUCUAGACCGGGUUCAGUCCGCGGACGUCCCAGAACCGAAAGGUUAGGAUCUGAUAACGACUUGCCACCGCCCGCUACGCCAUUCAAAGACCACGUGUUCUUUGAUCUCGGAAACGCAGAUAAAGCUGAACCGCAUAUUGCAAACAACACGGACCAAAUCGAAAGGCAACACAGCAUUGUGAAAGGAUCGGUAAACUCUGCUGCAGCAAAAUGGCAGCGUACAGAGAGCUCCUCUAUAGAAGAAAAGAUACAAAAACCUGAGCCGCAGAAGAUAAUCAAACCAGAGUUCAAACCGAUGCCGUCACCCGUGGAUGUAACCAUACGUUCGCCAAGUCUAGGCUCGAAAUUACCCGAUCAGUUCCCAUCCCACGGAACAGCGUUCCGCAACGUAGCGUCCCCAGACCCCGCCCGCUCCAACGCUCACAAGUUCAACGACGAUGUAAAUACUCAAAAUAAUUUUAAGACUUGUAAAUUUAAACCUAAAGAGAAGUACUCCGUGAGCAAGGGGUCCAGUUAUUUCACUCGAGGCUCCGAGGAGAUAUGGCUGGUUAAGAAGAAGGACAUUGAGGAGAUAGAGGAAAGGGUUUUGGAUUCGUUUCGACGGGCUGGUGGGAAUAUGUGUAUGAGGAACGAGUCCGUGCGGCCGUCGUCUGACAGCGGACAAGGGUCGACGUUCGCGCACGCGACUAUGGGCCGACCUAAGCGUCAGAUGUACGCACGGAGUGAGUCUUUAGACCCGCAAUGGGCUGGGUCCCGGGCUCAGACGUUAAAACGUCAGUCAUCCGUCGCUUGCACUUGCGGUCACGAUAAAAAGACGCGUGCGAAGAGCGCAGGCUCGGAAGCCGUGCCGCGCCCGCGAUCUCGCUCUCACGGCGACGAAAACAACCAAGCUCACGUCCUAGACAAGUAUGAGACCCUGGUUUAGCCUAUUUACCCCUUCGAUCAUUAAAGUACAAGAUAUGCUGUCAAUCGUCCCUGAAAAAUUAGUGCUAUUUACGUUAGUUCGCUAGUGAAAAAGCCAAACACGUCUCACGAUGCCGCAAUAUGUUUUUUGAUAAUAGUUAUUAAAAUACAAACAAGCAAGGCUCAUCUAAUAAAAAUUUACCUACUCAUGUUUUCAUCAAAUGUAUGACAGAAAUUGGUUUCAGUAAAUGAGUGCGUAAAUAAUUAAUUAGGCGGCAAGGUAAAUAAUUCUAAGGGGAACGUAUUUUUGCUUAUCUCUUUUAGUUUGACUAUACCUAAUAAUUAAUAUGAACUCCAAGCGGACACUUUAUCAUUUGGAUUUUGUAUGGGACUGCAUACAUAUCUUAAACUUUAAUGAUCGAAGAUUUACCACCCUAUUCCAUGCAUAUUAUAAUUGUGAUAAUUGCUCGUAACAUAAGAUGCGUAAGGAUCUUGUGUUCUAUAUAACCGAUAGAGCUGCGAACUGCGUGCGUACUUGCAUGGAGUAUCGUUCUUAAUACUUAUUGUACUCGCGUAAUCGGUCUGGGGUGUCGGUUAUUAUUUUCAAUGGAGGAGUAUUCGCUAGUAAUAAAAGUUAGUUAGUGUUCGAAAUGGGGUAGCUGUAGGGGGCGAUAUUGAAAUGUCUUACUAUAAACCAAAUAAUAUGAUUAUUGAAAUAUAAACUACUCGUAGUUACAGAAAAUGAUUAGUUGCGUAGCGGUAAUGACUAUUGAGAGUGAGGUUUCCCCCGUGUCGUAAUGUUUGAACGUUGGCAGUUUUGGUAUUUUGCGUCGCGCUUGUGUUGGUACUUGCCUAUAAUAUGUCUGUGUGUUUUUACGUUUUAUCCUUUGAGGUACGGCUUCGUUGGUGCGUAUGAAAGCAAUACAUACGCAGUGUUCAAUAACAGAAGUCGAAUUUUAUUGAAACGUAGGGUGUUCUUUGGUGCACACAAACACAUUAGAUAAAAUAAAAUUAAAAUAGCGAACAGGUGGUUCACCUGAUGUUAAGUGAUUACCGCCGCACCAAAGUAACCGCCAAUGCGUUGCCAGCUGUUCAGGAAUGAACAAUCG